GGAGUGGUCACUGGGGAUUUAAAGAGCCACCACUUCCUUAGGCCUCCAGAGGGCACUGAGAAGUCACGGCUGCUGAGGGACGACUCUGCUUCCCCACCUAAGCCAUGCACCUCUGCAGGGGCAAUGGGCUGCUGACCGGGACAGAACCCGAGGAGCAGCAAAGGCAGCUGAAGAAGCAGAAGAACCGGGCAGCCGCCCAGCGAAGCCGGCAGAAGCACACAGACAAGGCAGACGCCCUGCACCAGUUCUGGAGGCUGGGAAGUCCAAGAUUAAGGCGCUGGCCAAUUCGGUUCCAGCAGCACGAGUCUCUGGAGAAAGACAACCUCGCCCUGAGGAAGGAGAUCCAGGCCCUUCAGGCCGAGCUGGCGUGGUGGAGCCAGACCCUGCACGUGCAUGAGUGCCUGUGCCCCAUGGACUGUGCCUCCUGCUCAGCUCCAGGGCUCCCGGGCUGCUGGGACCAGGCUGAGGGGCUCCUGGGCCCUGGCCCACAGGGACAACAUGGCUGCCGGGAGCAGCUGGAGCUGUUCCAGACGCCGGACUCCUGUUCCCCAGCUCAGCCGCUCUCUCCAGGUCCACAGCCUCAUGAUUCCCCCAGCCUCCUCCAGUCCCCUCUGCCCUCACUGUCCCUUGGCCCCACUGUGGUUGCUGAACCUCCUGUCCACCUGUCCCCCAGCCCUCUUCUGUUUGCCUCACACACUGGUUCCAGCCUGCAGGGGUCUUCCUCUAAGCUCAGUGCCCUCCAGCCCAGCCUUACAGCCCAAACUGCCCCUCCACAGCCCCUUGAGCUGGAGCAUCCCACCAGAGGGAAGCUGGAGUCCUCUCCCAACAACCCUUCCUCUGCCCUGGGGCUUGCAUGUCUGCAGAGCAGGGAGCACAAACCUGCUUUCUCAGCGGCCGCUUGGCAAGGGCUGGGUGUAGAUCCCAGCCCUCACCCUCUCCUGGCCUUUCCUCUGCUCUCCUCUCUCAAGUCCACUUCUAACCUGGUCUCUGGAGCUGGGUUGGCCCCUUCUUUGGGCUCAGGAAGCAACCUUAGCACACGGGCCUCUCCUCCCUCGCUACUGGGUGCUGCCCUGCGUGGCUGAGCAGCUGGCCCAGGAUUUCACAGUGGAAAAGGAAGCCACCACUGAGGCCUCCCACUGUGACAGGCCCUGUCACCACCAAUAUCUUAUUUCAGCCUCACAGUUGACCUGAGAAAUCAAGAUUAUCACUCCACUUUUUCAGACAAGGAAACCGAGGCUCAGGGAAGCCAAGUGACAAGGCCAAGGUCACGAAGCCUUUCUUGGAGCCCGAAACACCACCCUCCGCUCCUCCUUCUCCUGUCCUGGCCCAGGCAUCCUAGGGGCUGAAAUCCUGGAAACUGAGGGCUGAUGUGAGAAGGUUUGUGUGCUGGGAUCAGAGAAGGGCUCUCCGCAUUCCUACGUGAUUCCAGGGCCAGAGUCCUGCAGUCCCAGAAAUCCUGACCAAGCUGGGGCAGGUCCAGAGUCCAAGCCCUGGUGGGUAGAGGCCAAGCAGAAGACCAGACUCUUGCUUUCCCUAGUAGUGUUUUCAGUGCCAAGACGCUGAACCUGUAGGCUGGAGUUGGGGAAGAGGCCUGGAACAGGCCCAUCUGGGAUUUCUACAGCCUGGGUACUCAUAGCCACACCAAGGCUUCUGGGAGAUUCUGCAGGGUCAGCUCUCCAGGCUGUUCCCAAAUAGCUCCCUGCCUCCCUACUGCCCCUAAAGCCACAGUGGAAGAGCCAUUCAUCUCAUAAACAAAAAGCAAGAGGAAAGAAUGAGGAAGGACCCUGUGCAAGGUUAUUUUCAAGCAGUGAUGGGCUUGCACCUGACAGCAGGGAGGCUAUACCUUUCCUGGUAGCACCCACCCCUGGGUGGCCCCUAGGCCCCCAUUACCCUCAGACCCCUCCUAAGCAGUUCCCUCAUUGCUCUUUGGCCUGGGCUAACAGCAGGAAGAGCAGGGCCCAGGACCCGGUGGGAGUUCAGUGAUGGUGUCUGCUUCAAGAGGGUGUUUUGCACUCUGACUCCAGGACAAGCACUCUAAGGGGGAUUGGGGAGAGAAACCCUGGCUCUUCACCCAGGUUUCACUCACAUGUAAAUGAAACACUAUGUUAGUAUUUAACACAUUCCUGGAUACUGAACACAAGUCUUGGAACAUAUGUGAUGGAAAUAAAGUAUUUUGCAAUCUUU